AUUCCUUUGCCAGUCACUGCGCUCCGGCAAGAGCGAGUUCUACUGCGAAGCCAGCCACUGCACCGAACAGGUCUCUGAACGUCUCUGAAAGUAUUUUUUUCUCCUCCGCGUGCUGAAAGGAAAACUGUUAUCCUCUCCCCAGCCUUCUCUCACCAGGUGUGAAUAGGUUGUCCCGUGGUAUCGUCUUUCCUUGGUCAUCUCUGUCCCGUUCCGUACUUCUGAAGAUAAGAGGCUGCUGUCUGCACCAACCUUGACUGACCACCUCGAGUCCCACACUGCCUUACCAGCCAAAAGGAGAGACUCUGGUCGCCACUGACCCCCAGCAUGGCAGACGAUCGUCAACGUGAAGACAGCCCCCCCCAGUGGGAUCCGUCGGGGGCACAGGACCCCUCUACCCCCCCAGCCCAUGGGGCUAAUGGCUACCCCCCCUCCUACAGGGCGUGCCAGCCAGGGACGGCCCAUGGAGCAGCACCACCUUCCUACACUGCCAGAGAGAAUGGCUUCAACGGCGACCAUGCAGUUACGGCUGAGCAAGUAUCUGCGCGGAUCGUGCAGGAGGUGACAGCCGAGGCAGUGGCAGUACUGAAGGGAGAACAGGAGACAAGACUGCCCUCAGUUGAAGACACGGCGAACCUGCCUCCCUCCCCUCCUCCCUCACCUGCUGCUGAACACUGCUUCGGACCCCUGGAUCAAGAUGUAGGGGAUGAGGAGGAGGAGGCCUGCCCUCUCCACCACUUCCAAAAUUCUCGGGAGAGGUGCAAGUUCCUCGCCCCCUCCAUCUCUGUGUCUAUGCCCGAGGAUGACCCCUACCACUCUGACGAGGAAUACUAUGAUCACCCCUUGUUCAGCCCUGAGUGGGAUCGCUCGGUCUCCUCUCGGCCCUCAGUGCCAGCCUCUGCCUUUAGACAGAUCCAAGCCUUGAAGAUGGACACGGACAAACCAGACAGCGAGAGGAGUGGAUCCCUCAGCCCAGAAUUCACUGAACAAGAGAGUCCAGCUUUCCUCAGCGGGGUCCACGUAGCAGCACCCCUGAUCCCCAAAACGGACAUGGCUUCCCCUUCCCCUUCUCUGUCCCCUUUACCUUCAAACAGCCAGAGCCAAGCCAAAGAGCUUAGCAAAAUGUCUAUACUGGAUGAACCUAAAACAGUCUCAGAGAAGCAGCCGUCAGUGGAAGUUUUUGAGUCCAGUAACCUCACAACGGAUUCAGGGUCUGGGUUCACUACAGCUGGAGACCGAGGUCAAGGACAAGGUGUCCCAUCUGACUCUAACAAAGACAAAUCGGGCAUGUCAGCUUAUUUCGAGACUUCGGCCCUGAAGCCAGACGAGGGAUCCAAGGGGGUUCAAGCAGAAGGUUAUUAUGAACUGAGCACUGCAGGAGAAGAGAAGAAGGUCUUAGGGAGCAGUUCCCCAACAGUUCCGUCACCCCUUGAGAUCAACUAUAGCAUGCUAGCACAAACACAGUCAGUGGAGGAGAAAUCAGACACCAAGAAGAGUUCGAUGGGAGAUCAAAAGGAGACCUUACCGGCACUGGACAGGAGUAACGAAUGUAGGCUGUCUCCUGGGAAACUGGCCCUGGAUCAAAGAAGCUACUCUCUCAACAUUACAAUUGGAUCGAUGGAUCCCAGUGGUCAUGGGCGACCUAGAAACUUCUCCCCACUGGCCACGGAUAUCAUGUGUUUUACCAGCGGCAGUCUGGAGGAGUCUGCCAACUAUCUCCCAGUCACCACCCCGUCUGUGGAGAAGGAGCCACCACCCUUCCCUCCCCUGAUCCUGGAGACAGCAGCCUCAGUCACGUCCGACUCCUCGUCUCCUCCCCACAACACAGCAACAGAGACCCCCGGUGAAAAGACCAGCCCCCAGGGGUCAGAGUCCCCAGAAUCUCCCUUCCCACCCAAAUACUACUACAAAAAUGGGACAGUCAUGGCUCCUGAUCUACCUGAAAUGCUGGACCUUGCGGGCAGCAGGUCUAGACUGGCUUCUGAGAACACUGACCCUGAGAUCAUGAGGAGGAAGUCUGUACCUGCGGACGCCCAAGGCCUUGGCAGCGACUCCCUGGCUAACCUGGUUCUGGGGGACCAGAGUCAGAACCAGAGUCUCGCCAAGAGUGAGAGCCAGCUGGAGGAGUUGGGUUACUGUGUGUUCAGUGAGUACUCAGGGCCCAUGCCUUCCCCUGCUGACCUCCAUAGUCCCAUUGACUCCCCGCCCCAGCGCUUUACCCCUAUGGCUCUGGAGGAAAAGAUGGCGGAGGAGAAACUGAAAAUCGACGCCAGAGACAAACUAGCCGAAGACGAGAAAACCAGUCAGUUAGCUGAGAGCGCCGGUUCCAAAGAAAAAGAAGAAACCAAACAAAUGGGACAGAAGGAUUCAGCUUCAGAGGAAAAAGACAACAAAAAGAUCAGCCAUGAAAAUGUUUCCAUGGAAAACCAAAAAGACAAGCCAGCUUCAGCUCUGAAGUCAGCCGAGUCCUUUGUAACUCCUACAGUGACGGUUACCCUGGAAGAGGAGGAGAAGCUAGGAGACAACGGACCCGAGACAGAUGCUGAGAUGGCUGCCUAUGAGAGGCAGAUUCGCCGGCUGGAGAUGGAGGACAGGCCCCUGAGCAUGGAGGAGGAGCGGGAGCUGCAGGAGCUCAGGGAGAAGGUGAAGGACAAGUUCCUGGUGCACCAGGAGGCAUACGAGGAGGUGGAUGCUGAAGACGUCUACCAACUGACUGGAGUUGCCAAGGACAGGAUCGGCAGGCCCGUUAGGCCCUCCCCAGCCUCCUCCGUGGAGAGUACCACAGAAGAAGACAAUGUUUCAGUUACGGAGACAGAGAAACCUAAACAGACGGGAGGUCAGACAAUGCCAACGAAGGUUGACGUCAUGGGGACGUCUCCCUCUGUGUCAGGUGGUGGUGUGAGCACCACAGAAGAAGACAAGGUUCAGUUACAGAGACAGAGAAACCUAAACAGACGGGAGGGUCAGGACAAAGCCAACGAGGUUGACAUCAUGGGACUUCUCCAUCUGUGUCAGGUGAUGUGGUGUGAGCCACAGAAGAAGAAAAGGUUCCAAUACGGAAAUAGAAAACUAAACAGACAGAGGUCAGACACACGCCAACCAAGGUUGACAUCAUGGUUACUUCUCCAUCUGUGUCAGGGUGAUGGUGUGAGCACACAGAAGAAGAAAAGGUUUCUGUUACGCGAAAUAGAGAAACCUAAACAGACGGGAGGUCAGACAACGCCAACAAAGAUUGACGUCAUGACGACGUCUCCAUCUGUGUCAGGUGGUGGUGUGAGCACCACAGAAGAAGAGAAUGAGAAAGUUAGCGAAGAGGAGCUGAAGAAGGAGCAGGUUGUAGAGGUCAAAGAGAAGACCAUGGAAGAAAAGAAAAAGGGGGAGGAGGGGGAGGGGGAGGAGGGGGAGGAGGAUACAGAGCAGGCAGUGGAACCAGAGGAAAUCAUGAUAAAGAUAAAACCAUCAAUGCCUGUAGAGAAAGAAGAGAAUGUUGAGAAGGAUAAAAUGACAAACAAGGUGGAAGAGGAGGAGGAAGAUAGUGAAGUUCUGGCAGGGGCCGGAGCAGCGGUGAUUGAUGUUCCAGAACCCAGAGCUGCCAUAGAGUCAGUGGUGACUGUAGAAGAUGACUUCAUCACUGUAGUCCAGACCAUCGACGAGGGUGAGGAGCCAGGACACAGCGUGCGUUUUUCCGCUCCGCCCGAGCCUGAGACACCAGAGGAGGAGGAGGAGGAGUCCCAGGAGGUGGAGAUCAUGGAAGCAGCUAGUCUGGAGGAGGUGGGGGAUGUCUCAGAGGAGGCCCUUGAGAAGGAGGUGCAUGCCUCCCCAGAGAAGGAGGUGCAGUUGGAGACCGAGGGACAGACAGAGAGCUACGACAGAGAUGAGACCACCAUGGACGACUCCAUCCUAGACAGCUCUUGGGUCGACACUCAAGAUCUCUCCACUGUAGAUGUGGAUGAUGACAUGAGCAUGGCUGCCGAGCAGAUCGAACCCCUGAGAGCCGACCGAGUCCCAGCCCCACCAGUCAAGAAGUACAAGACUCUCCAGCAGCAGAAGCAGGAAAAGCAGCCAGUGAAGCCCAAGGUUAAAGGCGGGCGUGUGAAGGGGCGCGAGGGGUGCGUCUCCACCCCUGAACGUAAAGCCAUCCGCAAGGAGACGGUCUAUAUCCCCAGGGAAGACAUCAAGAAGAAAAAAGCCGUGAUCAAGAAGACUGAGCUGACUAAGAAAGCAGAGAUGCGCUCCUCUCCAUCACGGAAGAGUGUGUUAAAGCCUACUGCGGUCCGACACCCACGUCCCGCCCAGCCCCAACCCCACCCCUGUGCUAGGAGGAAACCUACAGUGGGUGUACCAGAAGGUCGUCGGCCCCUCAGUGUUGCUAGACAGUCUCGGGACAGAGCCUCAGAUGGCGGUUCGCAGAGCCCAAAGAGGUCGUCCCUGCCCCGGCCUGCCUCUGUCCCGCGGCCUGCCUCUAUCCUGAGCCGGCGUACCCACCACCAACCACAUGACCAGGAGGAGAGCUCCACCUCUAUCACCAGCUCCGGCUCUACCGCACCCCGUAGACCCACGUCAUUCAGUACAGAGGUCAGGGCGGAGCAUAGGACAGGACGCGCCCCUAGUUGGACAGGCACACAGUCGAUGCGUUCCCGUUCGCUGUGCACCACAACCCACACCCCAGGGUCCACAGCAAUCUCCCCUGGGACUCCUCCCAGCUACAGCUACUCCUGCCGCACACCUGGGACCCCUCUCACCCCUGGCACACCCCGUUCUCGAAGCCUGCUGCAGGAGAAGAAGGUGGCUCUGCUCCGCACCCCUCCCAAGUCACCUGGCACCACUCCCAAACAGCUCCGUGUCCUCAACCAGCCCCUGCCAGACCUCAAGAACAUCAAGUCCAAGAUCGGCUCCACAGACAACAUCAAGUACCAGCCCAAGGGGGGACAGGUGCAGAUUCAGACCAAGAAGAUUGACCUGAGUCACGUGACCUCCAAGUGUGGAUCGCUGGACAACAUCCGCCACCGGCCAGGGGGAGGUAACGUGCGCAUCGAGAGUGUGAAGCUGGACUUUAAAGACAAGGCCCAGCCCAAGGUGGGUUCCCUGGAUAAUGCACACCACACCCCUGGUGGAGGCCACAUUAUGAUCGAAAGCCACAAGCUGUUGUUCCGUGAUACGGCCAAGGCCCGGGUGGACCAUGGAGCGGAGAUUAUUGUGACCCAGUCUCCGGAAAUGUGCAUGUCAGGGACGGUGUCCCCCCACCGCGACAGCCACCUGUCCUCCUCUGGCAGCAUCAACUUGCUGGAGUCUCCACAGCUAGCCACUCUAGCUGAAGACGUCACCGCUGCCCUGGCCAAGCAGGGCUUGUGAGCGCCUUGACCCCCUCAGCCCAGGCACCGGAUCUCUUGACCUUCCCCCUGCCUCCAGUCCACCCCAGCCCCGGACACCUUCCCCCUGCCUCCAGUCCACCCAAGCCCCGGGACACCUUCACCCUACCUCCAGUCCACCCCAGCUCCGGACACCUUCCCCCUGCCUCCAGUCCUGACCCCCCCAACUUGCCUCAAGUUCAACCUGACCCCAAGCCUUGGACUCCCUCACUUGCUUCUAGUCCAGCCCAAGUUCCCUCAUCAUGCCUCAACCCAGCCUCCAAUCUCCCUCCAGUCCAUCCCCAGCCUCGGGUACCGAACAGCCCACACAAAUCUCUGCCUCAACCCUGCCUAAACCCCACCCUGCC